CAUUUUCAUGAAGCCCAGUAAGGGAAGGGAGAGCCGAUUCAUUUGCAUUUUUCUGAGCAGAUGCAGAUCGAUCCCGAGUUCCGCUGACUGCAGAGGAGAGAGAUCUAGAGCGAGGGAGGGAGGGAAAUGGGCCACGAGGCUGCGGCGCCGGGGUCGUCGGUGCUCGGCCGCGCGGUGGAGGAGGUGCGCUCGGCCCUCAACGAGCACGCCGACGUGGUUGCCGACCUCUUCGGUCGCGUCUCCUCCGAAGUGCGCACCGGCUUCGCGCCCGCCGUCGACUCCUUCGUUGGCUUCUUCCACGCCGUCGACUGGAAGGAGCCUUGGCUGAUCAGCAUACUAUCUUUCCAUGCCAUUCUGCUACUGGUUACCAUCAUCUCGAGGAGGAAUAUCAAUUUCCAGCUCAUCUUGUCAGCUCUAACAUUUUCUGGUGUAUUCCUUGCUGAGAGAUUAAAUACGUUCCUGGCGCAAAACUGGAAGAGCUUCUCUACCCAAAACUAUUUUGAUCCCCAGGGCCUUUUCAUUUCGGUCAUCUGGUCUGGCCCUCUCCUCCUGAUAACGAUCCUUAUUCUGGUGAACACUCUCGUGACGCUCUGCACGCUAAUGGUAAGGUGGAAAAGGGCAGAGCUCAGGCAUCGCGCUCGGCAAGCUCGUGACAAGCAGGACUGAUCUGAAACCUGCGUCUAUGUAUCAUUCGGUGGCAAGUAGAAAGUCGUGUUCUUGCUACGGUUGGUCUAACCAAGAAUCACAUCCCUGGAAACGGUGCCCAUUUCAUUAGGUAGCAGAAUAUAACGUUAAGAUGGUCAGAUUUUGCUCUUGUGGACCCUUUUGGUGCCCGGAUAGCCAUUUACUACGCUGCAAUAUUAUCACGUCACGCGAUUUCUUUGGGC